AUGCGGGGCCCGGGGCUCCUGACCGCCGCCCACCUCGUGUGCGUGUGGACCGUGGUACUGGCCGCGGCCCCCGGGCCUAGGUUUCUGGUGACAGCCCCAGGGGUCAUUAGGCCUGGAGGAAAUGUGACUGUUGGGGUAGAGCUUCUGGAACACAGCCCCUCCCAGGUCACUGUGAAGGCUGAGGUCAUCAAGAUGGCAGCCAACCUCACGGUCUCUGUCCUGGAAGCAGAGGGAGUCUUUGAAAAAGGAUCUUUCAAGACACUUACUCUUCCAUCACUACCUCUGAACAGUGCAGAUGGGAUUUAUGAGCUACGUGUAACUGGACGUGCCCAGGAUGAGAUCUUAUUCUCUAAUAGUACGCGCUUAUCAUUUGAGACCAAGAGAAUGACUGUCUUCAUUCAAACAGACAAGUCCCUGUACAAGCCGAAGCAGGAAGUGAAGUUUCGUGUCGUUACACUCUUCUCAGAUUUUAAACCUUAUAAAACUUCUUUAAACAUUCUAAUUAAGGACCCCAAGUCCAAUUUGAUCCAACAGUGGUUGUCAGAACAAAGUGAUCUUGGCAUCGUUUCCAAAACUUUUCAAUUAUCUUCCCAUCCAAUACUUGGUGACUGGUCCAUUCAAGUUCAAGUGAAUGACCAGACAUAUUAUCAAUCAUUUCAGGUUUCAGAAUAUGUAUUACCAAAAUUUGAAGUUACUUUGCAGACACCAUUAUACUGUUCUUUGAAUUCUAAGAGCUUAAAUGGUACUGUCACAGCAAAGUAUACAUACGGGAAGCCAGUGAAAGGAGAUGUAACACUUACAUUUUUACCUUUAUCCUUUUGGGGCAGGAAGAAAAAUAUUACGAAAAAUUUUAAGAUAAAUGGAUCUGCAAACUUCUCUUUUAAUGAUGAAGAAAUGAAGAAAGUAAUGGAUUUUUCAGAAGGGUUUUCUGAAUACAUGUAUCUGUCUUCCCCUGGGCCAGUGGAAAUUUUAGCCACAGUGACAGAAUCACUUACAGGUAUCUCAAGAAAUGCAAGCUCUAAUGUAUUUUUCAAGCAACAUGAUUACAUCAUUGAGUUUUUUGAUUAUGCUACUGUCUUGAAGCCAUCUCUGAACUUUACAGCCACUGUGAAGGUAACCCGUGCUGAUGGCAAUCGACUGACUUUUGAAGAAAGAAGAAAUAAUGUAGUUAUAACAGUAACACAGAAAAACUCUUCCGAGUACUGGAGCAGAUGGGGCAGCAGGAACCAGGAACUAGAAGCUGUCCAGAUCAUAAAUUAUACGGUCCCUCAAAAUGGAAUCUUUAAAAUUGAAUUCCCAAUCCUGGAUGAUUCCAAUGAGCUACAGUUGGAGGCCUCUUUUCUUAACAGUGUGAGUAGCAUGGCAGUUCAUGGUAUGUUUAAGUCUCCCAGUAAAGCAUACAUCCAGCUAAAAACAAGAGAUGAAAAUAUAAAGGUGGGAUCACCUUUUGAGUUGGUGGUUAGUGGCAAUAAGCCACUAAGGAAGGAGUUAAACUAUAUGGUAAUAUCCAGGGGACAGUUGGUGGCUGUAGGCAAGCAAAAUUCAACAGCCUUCUCUUUAACACCAGAAAAUUCUUGGGCUCCAAAAGCCUGUAUUAUUGUGUAUUAUAUUGAAGAUGAUGGAGAAAUUAUAAAUGAUGUUCUAAAAAUUCCUGUUCAGCUUGUUUUUAAAAAUAAGAUAAAGCUGUUUUGGAGUAAAACUCAUGCUGCACCAUCUGAGAAAGUCUCUCUUAGGAUCUCUGUGACACAGCCAGACUCGAUAGUUGGGGUUGUGGCUGUUGACAAAAGCGUGAAUCUGAUGAAUGCCUCUAAUGAUAUUACAAUGGAAAAUGUGGUCCAUGAGUUGGAGCUCUAUAACACAGGGUAUUAUUUAGGCAUGUUCAUGAAUUCUUUUGCAGUUUUUCAGGAAUGUGGCCUCUGGGUAUUGACAGAUGCAAACCUUAUGAAGGAUUACAUUGAUGGUGUUUAUGACAGCGUAGAACUUGCGGAGAGGUUUGUGGAGGAAAAUGAAGGAUACUUGGUAGAUUUCCAUGACUUCUCUUCGGUUAGCGAUCCACGUGUCAGAAAGCAUUUUCCAGAGACUUGGAUUUGGCUAGACACCAACAUGGGUUCCAAGAUUUACCAAGACUUUGAAGUUACCGUGCCUGAUUCUAUCACUUCUUGGGUGGCUACCGCAUUUGUGAUCUCUGAGGACUUAGGUCUUGGACUAACCAGGACUCCAGUGGAGCUACAAGCCUUCCAGCCAUUUUUCAUUUUUUUGAAUCUUCCCUACUCUGUUAUCAGAGGUGAAGAAUUUGCUUUGGAAGUAACCAUAUUCAAUUAUUUGAAAGAUGCCACUGAGGUUCAAGUAAUCAUUGAGAAAAGUGACAAAUUUGAUAUUUUAAUGGCUUUAAAUGAAAUAAAUGCGACCGGACACCAGCAGACCAUUCUGGUUCCCAGUGAGGAUGGGGCAACUGUUGUUUUCCCAGUCAAGCCAACACACCUGGGGGAAAUUCCAAUCACAGUCACGGCCAUUUCACCUGCUGCUUCUGAUGCUGUCACCCAGAGGAUUUUAGUAAAGGCUGAAGGAAUAGAAAAAUUGUAUUCACAAUCCAUCUUGUUAGACUUGACUGUCCACAAAUUACAAACUCCCCUGAAAACUUUGAGUUUCUCAUUUCCUCCCAACACAGUGAGUGGUAGUGAAAGAGUUCAGAUCACUGCAAUUGGGGAUAUCCUUGGUUCUUCCAUCAAUGGCUUGGCCUCAUUGAUUCGGAUGCCUUAUGGCUGUGGUGAACAGAAUAUGAUAAAUUUUGCUCCAAAUAUUUAUGUUUUGGAUUACCUAACUAAAAAGAAACAACUGACAGAAAACUUAAAAGAAAAAGCCCUUUCAUUUAUGAGGCAAGGUUAUCAGAGAGAACUUCUCUAUCAGAGGGAAGAUGGCUCUUUCAGUGCUUUUGGGAAUGAUGACCCUUCUGGUAGUACUUGGUUGUCAGCUUUUGUUUUAAGAUGUUUCCUUGAAGCUGAUCCUUACAUAGAUAUUGAUGAGAAUGUGUUACACAGAACAUAUACUUGGCUCAAAGGACGUCAGAAAUCCAAUGGUGAAUUUUGGGAGCCAGGAAGAGUGAUCCAUAGUGAGCUUCAAGGUGGCAAUAAAAGUCCAGUGACACUUACAGCUUAUAUUGUGACUUCUCUCCUGGGCUAUAAAAAAUAUCAGCCUAAUAUUGAUCUACAAGAGUCUAUCAACUUUUUGGAGUCUGAAUUUAAUAGAGGAAUUUCAGACAAUUAUACUUUAGCUCUUAUAACUUAUGCACUGUCAUCUGUGGGGAGCCCUAAAGCCAAGGAAGCUUUGAAUAUGCUGACUUGGAGAGCAGAACAAGAAGAAGGCAUGCAAUUCUGGGUGUCUUCAGAGUCUAAACUUUCUGAAUCCUGGCAGCCACGCUCCCUGGAUAUUGAAAUUGCAGCCUAUGCGCUACUUUCACACUUCCUGCAAUAUCAGGUUUCUGAGGGAAUCCCCAUUAUGAGGUGGCUAAGCAGGCAAAGGAAUAGCUUGGGAGGUUUUGCGUCUACCCAGGACACCAUUGUGGCCUUGAAGGCCCUAUCUGAAUUUGCAGCUCUAAUGAACACAGAAAGUACAAACGUCCAAGUGACUGUGAUGGGGCCCAGUUCACCAAGUCCUAUAAAGUUUCAGAUUGACAGACAGAACCGCUUUCUUCUCCAGAUGGCAGAGCUUUCAGUGGUACAGCCAACUGCAGUUAAUAUUUCCGCAAGUGGUUUUGGAUUUGCGAUUUGUCAGCUUAAUGUUAUUUAUAAUGUGAAAGAUUCGGGUUCCUCCAGAAGACGAAGAUCUGUUCAAGACCAAGAAGCCUUUGAUUUAGAUGUUGCUGUCAAAGACAAUAAGGAUGAUAUAAAUCACUUGAAUUUGAAUGUGUGUACAAGGUUUUUGGGCCCAGCUAGAAGUGGCAUGGCCCUUAUGGAAGUGAACCUGCUCAGUGGUUUUACCGUGCCUUCAGAUGCAAUUCCUCUGAGUGAGACGGUGAAGAAAGUGGAACACGAUCAUGGAAAACUCAACCUAUAUUUAGAUUCUGUAAAUGAAACCCAGUUUUGUGUUGAUAUUCCUGCUGUGAGAAACUUUAAAGUUUCAAAUACACAAGAUGCUUUGGUGUCCAUAGUGGAUUACUAUGAACCAAGGAGACGAGCGGUGAGGAGUUACAACUCCGAAGCGAAGCUGUCUUCUUGUGACCUCUGUGGGGACAUUCGCGGAUGCGGUCCUUGUGAGAGCGGAGCUGCGGCCUCCCUUUGUCGCCCUUCAGAAGUUUUUGUGCUCUGUCUCACGCUUCUGUUUUCUUUGCACCAGUGGCUGUGA